UCGGGUCUGGGACUGGGCUUGGUUUAGUCUGUCAGCGUACGUCACUCGACUUGCUACAAACUGCGGUACUGUAAUUACAAUGAGCUGUCCCUAUGCAGGAAACGGAAACGACCAUGACGAUGCUGCGGUGCCGCUGUCCACGGAGGUGGGCAAGAUAUACGGGGAGUACUUGAUGCUUGACAAGCUGCUGGAUGCCCAGUGCAUGCUCUCCACGGAGGACAAGCGACCGGUCCACGACGAGCAUCUGUUUAUCAUCACGCACCAGGCAUACGAACUGUGGUUCAAGCAGAUUAUCUUCGAGUUCGACUCCAUUCGCGACAUGCUCGACGCGGAGGUCAUCGACGAGACCAAAACUCUGGAGAUCGUCAAGCGACUGAAUCGGGUUGUCCUCAUCCUGAAACUGCUGGUGGACCAGGUGCCCAUAUUGGAGACCAUGACGCCACUGGACUUUAUGGACUUUCGAAAGUACCUGGCGCCGGCCUCGGGCUUUCAGUCGCUGCAGUUUCGGCUGAUCGAGAACAAGUUGGGCGUACUGACCGAGCAGCGUGUGAGGUACAACCAGAAGUACUCGGACGUCUUCGGGACCGACGAGCAGGCUCUGAACGCCAUCAGGAGCUCCGAGCACCAGCCCUCGCUGCUAGAACUUGUGCAGCGAUGGCUGGAGCGGACGCCCGGCCUGGAGGAGAGCGGUUUCGAUUUCUGGAAGAAAUUCCAGCAGAGCGUCGACCAGUUCCUGGCCGCCCAGGUGCAGAGCGCCAUGGAGGAGCCGGUGGAGCGGGCCAAGAACUACCGCCUGAUGGACAUUGAGAAGAGGCGCGAGGUCUACCACUCCAUCUUCGACCCGGCCGUGCACGAGGCUCUCGUGAAGCGCGGCGAUCGCCGCUUCAGCCACCGCGCCCUCCAGGGAGCCAUCAUGAUCACCUUUUACCGUGACGAGCCGCGCUUCAGUCAGCCCCACCAGCUGCUCACCCUGCUCAUGGACAUCGAUUCGCUGAUCACCAAGUGGCGCUACAACCACGUAAUAAUGGUUCAACGCAUGAUUGGAUCCCAGCAGCUGGGCACCGGCGGCUCAUCCGGGUAUCAAUAUCUUCGCUCCACUCUCAGUGAUCGGUACAAAGUAUUCCUGGAUCUGUUCAACCUGUCGACGUUCCUGAUACCUCGCGAUGCGAUUCCCCCUCUGGAUGAGUCCAUACGCAGCAAGCUCGUCCACAAGAGUGUCUAACGAGGGAAACCGUUCCAAUGCAGACCCUAAAACAAAUUAAGCUUUAGGCGCAGUUCUAUGCCAUAUCUGACUUCUAUGAGUGUUUUUACAAAAUAAAUGUUUCUUAUCGAUCGUUA